CUUUACGAUUAAACACAUUAUUUUUUGAUUUUGUGUAAUAAGAAAUAAUUUUGAAAUUAGAAAGUUGUAGUAAUUAAUUGUUUUAAUUAUCUACAAUAAGCCGCCUUAAGAACCAAUCAAAACGAUCCACGAAAAGUGAUAUCUACGUGGUUAUAAAGAGUGGGGUACUGAAUACGCUAGGAGGAGGACGUAUUCGUUGUUCGUUUCAAUUCUAUAUUGAAUCAAAGAUUGUGCAGUGAAUGAUUUCUUGAAGAUAAUUGUAAAUUAUAAAUUUUGUAAUAGUUUGUGAAGGAAAAUGCAAGCUCUUUUAGGUAUCUUGAUAUUAAUCACUGGAGCCCAUUGUUUGUACAAUUCCAAUUCAGAUGUUAUAAAACUUGAUUCAAGCAAUUUCGACAGUUUAGUACUGAAUAGUGAUAAUAUUUGGGUAGUCGAGUUUUAUGCACCAUGGUGUGGACAUUGUCAACAAUUAACACCUGAAUAUAAUAAGGCUGCUAAUGCAUUGAAGGGUAUCGUAAAAUUUGGAGCAGUAAAUGCAGAUGAACAUAUGAAUGUUGGGUCAAAAUAUGGAAUUAAAGGUAUUCCGACAAUCAAGAUAUUUGGUAUCAAUGAUAAGCCAGAAGAUUACGUUGGACCUAGAACAUCGGAUGGAAUCCUGGAUGCUGCUUUAAAUGCAAUUAAUCAAAGGGUUAGCGCUUUUCGUCGUAAAAAAGGCAAAGAUGAUUCUAAGUGGAAAGAUUCCAAGGAUGUGAUUGAAUUAACAGAUGAAAACUUUGAUGACAUAGUAAUGAAUUCUGAAGAUAUGUGGUUAGUUGAGUUUUAUGCACCUUGGUGUGGUCAUUGUAAAAAUUUGGCUCCCAUUUGGGAAUCCGCUGCUACAGAACUUAAAGGAAAAGUGAAAUUAGGUGCCAUUGAUGCUACUGUAAACAAACUAAAAGCCAUUCAAUAUGAAAUUAAAGGAUAUCCUACAAUUAAAUAUUUUGCACCUGGUAAAAAAUCUUUUGAUUCUGUACAAGAAUAUGAUGGUGGUCGAACAAGUUUCGAUAUUGUAAGUUGGGCAACAGAAAAAUUGGCAGAAAAUGUACCAGCUCCAGAAGUAACUCAAAUUAUAAAUAAAGAAGCAUUGGAAAAUGCUUGUGAAGACAAACCAUUAUGCGUUGUAUCAGUUUUACCACAUAUCUUAGAUUGUCAGUCAGAAUGUAGAAAUAACUAUUUGAAAAUAUUGAAUGAAUUAGGAGAGAAAUAUAAGCAAAAAAUGUGGGGAUGGGUGUGGGCAGAAGCUAGUGCUCAACCUCACAUUGAAGAAGCAUUAGAAAUAGGAGGUUUUGGUUAUCCAGCAUUGGCGGUUGUAAAUAUCAAAAAGAUGAAAUACUCAUUACUUAAAGGAAGUUUCUCUUAUGUCGGUAUAGAUGAAUUUUUACGAGACUUAAGUUACGGACGAGGAGGUACGGCACCAUUAAAGGGUGCUCAUUUACCUAAGAUUCUUAUUACAACACCAUGGGAUGGCAAAAAUGCUGAACUGCCACCAGCAGAAGAAAUCGAUCUUAGUGAUAUAGAUCUUGACGAGAAGGAUGAAUUGUAAUUACAAUAGGCAACAUUUCUAAAAAAAAAUGUGCACAUCACAUACAUAUACCAUUAUAAGUAAUUCAGUACUUGUUUUUGUAUUAAAUUAUUAUUUUAAAUCGACAUCAUUACAUCUUGAUGUACAAUAAUAAUCGAAUAUCAUCGUCAUUAUAGCAUUAGGAAAAUUUGUCUUAUUUCCAGCAAAAGCGCAUCAUCAUUAUGUUAUUCAUACACCAAUCCUCAGGAAUUUUAACAGAGAUUUUCUAUUGAAGUGAAUUUUUACGAUGUCUUAUCUGUUCACUAUACAGUAAAAUACAGCAUAAUAUACAGUAUAAAGUUAAA